UCGAACAACUUGUACACAAAAAUAGAUUUUUUUUUGAUCAAACACAAAAAUAGAUUAAUGAAGAAAGUUUACUAUGUAACGAACCUUGAUCAUGUUUAGAACAAGUAUACUAUACAAGUCUACUUAGGUCAACUAUCAUUGGAUACUUUGAAAUAUUUUAGAUGUUUUUCUAUAAAACCUAUAUGGAGUUGGAGGUAUCAUCAGACAAUGACCUGAAAUAACUGAUCGAAUGAGUAAUUUAAUUAGCUAUUGGAUAAUUCAGGCCAGUCACGGUCUACAUAUGAGUCUAGUAAGCCCUGAAUGCAAUAGUUAUUAAGAACAAAAAGAACUAAAGAAGAAGAAGAAAACAUAUUGGAAGACAGAAAUAAUCAAGAAAGAGCGAGAUACAGCAAUGGGAACAAUACUGUCAAUCUUCUCAAAGCCAAACCCACCACAUAACUACGAAGCCAUACUAAAACAUGCAGACUCUCUACUUCCUCCUGACGCUACGUCGUCUCUUGACAAGUUAUACCCUGAGCUCUUCGAUGGCGUUUUCUUGAAGCACAAGAAGCAGAAGUACUGGAUAGAGGGUAAAGCUAAAAAGAACUGCUUCAUGUUGUACGCGAGAGAUCUCACGAUUUCAUUCGCUGAGUCUCAAACAAAUAAUAACUGGAGUUGGUUUUCUGAUCUAGACCAAACAUCCAGUGAUGCAAGAAUUGAGGUUGCAAAGGUGGAAUGGGUAGCAUGGCUAGAAGUGGUUGGAAACUUCGAGAUGGAGAAUCUAACUCCCAACAGUUCGUACGAGGUUGUGUUUGUGGUUAAGCUAGUUGAUCCUGCGCAGGGUUGGAAAGUUCCGGUUAACUUCAAACUGGUUUUGCCUACAGAAGAAACCAAAGAGCGGCAAGAGAAUAUGAAUCUGUUAGGAAGAAACCGCUGGGUGGAGAUUCUGGUUGGUGAGUUCAGGACAUCGCCGGAAUAUAAUUCAGGGAAGAUAGAGUUUUCUAUGUAUGAGGUUAAAGGUGGAUUGUGGAAGUCCGGUCUGAUUCUAAAAGGUGUUGCUAUUAGACCCAAGAAUUAAAAUAUUAAUGGUUAGAAAUAAAAUUGAAUACAAAAUUCACUA